AUGGAAGCCCUCCUAUCAAUACCCAUGCUGUCCAUCUUCCUGGUUCCGGUCCUGUCAUCCUACAGCACCAGCCUGAACCUCCUCUUCUUCUACCUGACUUGGUCAACAUUGGUACUGUCGCAUUCCCGACUCCGCGUGGAACUGUUCGGAACGAUCGCCGUGCGCGUACUCUUCUUUGCACUACCUUCCAUUCUCUUUUUCCUCUUUGAUAUCCUAACUCCGUCGGCCGCCAUUCUUAUAAAGGCGCAUGGCGCUACAGGCUUACCAGGUGGGAGGAGGCGACGCCGGAUCCACGCGAAGGAACUCAAGAUCGCCGGAUGGUCAUUGUUCAAUUUAUGCUUGAGUAUCGCUGUUCAGGGAGUACUUGAGACGAUACUUGUCCAGACGCUUGGCAAGCGCAGUGCGCUCAAGGUGUCGUUGAAGCUUCCCAUGCCAUUUGAGAUAUGUAAGGACUUGACUAUGGCAAUGCUAGGCCGAGAAUUCCUCACGUAUGUCCUUCACCGAUAUGCUCUACACUCGAGAUGGUCCCCUGUGCUUGCCAGAUGGCACCGGUCUUGGUAUCAUGCGUUGCCUGCUCCGUUCCCAUUGACUGCGCAUUACGACCACCCGAUCCCCUACCUGGUCACCAAGUUCAUCCCGACCUAUGCGCCAGCUAUCAUCUUCCGCUUCCAUAUGCUUACAUAUCUUUUGUACCUACUGUUUAUCUCCCUCGAAGAGACCUUCGCAUACUCUGGGUAUACUGUCAUGCCGACAAACCUAUUUUUGGGCGGAAUCGCCCGUCGCACAGAUAUGCACUUGUUGAUGGGUGCAAGGGGAAACUUUGGCCCAUGGGGUAUAAUGGAUUGGAUUUUUGGUACUGUUGUUAGGGACCCGAAUAGCGAUGGGAAUUCGAGUGAUGAGUCGGAUGAACACCACGAUAUGCGGAGAGCGUAUGAGGCUUCGAAGCGAAAGGCUGUUGCGGGUUCUUCGGGAAAGAACAGGCGACGAUGA